GUGAAGAUACACGCAGUACAUGCUUCGUUGAUAGUAACAAGUAAAAUUAGAUUUAACUAUUAACUCAUUAGUUAUCUGUUAUUGUUACUAUAGCUAUAUUUAGUCAAACGCGCCAAAUUCUAAGAAAUCAGCUGUUGUGUUGAUUCAACGUAGACGCCUCAAUUUUUUGAGGUUACUGUUUUAACUUUCAGUUUUUAACUAAGCUGGCGUUGUUUAUUUUUAAUGUACAGGGAGUCUUUUUUCCUAAAUAGAAAGCUUUAUUCCUAAAUAGAAAGUUACGAUGCAUUGUUUUGUUUGUUCCUUGUACGAAACAUCAACACAAAGACGACGGAAGAAAACAUUGGCUAAAAGCAUGGAGAAUAAAAAUAAGACAAAGGAAAUAAAUUUACAGUUAUUGGAAUUUCAGUUAAAUAACGAGCCUAUUGUUGUUUUAGAUCAAACUAUUGUUAACAGGUAUUUGCAAGCAAAAGGAAUAAUUAACGAAAUAUUAAAGUUAGGUGAAUUAAAAAGUGACUAUCAAAAAAGCUAUUCGAAGGACUAUGAAAAAUUCAAUUUGAACAGUUAUCAAAAAUCAUCUUUUGAAGUUAAUAAUGAAGUAUUAAGAAAACAGUCAACUGAAAUAACACUCACAGGCAGCAUUUUAGAAUCAUGUGAUAAUAACAUCCCUGUUUCAAGUAUACCAAUCAAAGAUGAAGUUAUGGACAGAGAAUCCUGUUUGUUUUACAAUAAUGACAGUCUGAUAACUGAUGCUGAAGUGCAAUUAGUUGAGAUACCAUUCAAUUCUAAUAUCGUUUUGAAUCCUAUGAACAAUCGAUUUUCUUUUAGUCAAAUAGAUCCUAUUUUUGUUAACAAUAAUGAAGAUGACUUGAUGAAUGUGAUGAUGUAGGUAAUUAUAAGAAUAAUUCACUAAAUGUUAUGCCAGCAGAUGUA